AUGACAACUUCUUCAAGUUCCACUACGAGUGCUUCGACAACAACAACUACGACGACUUCAACAUCAACUACUACUACUAUGACAACUACCUCAACAAUUACCACAACUACAUCAACGACAACAACAACUACUACUACAACAGCAACAACUACGUCGACUUCGACGUCAACGACUACUACAACUACCGCUACAACAGCUACAACAACUACGUCAUCUUCAACGUCAACAACAACUACUACUGAAACAACAAUGACAACAACGACCAUGUCUACAUCCACUUCAACGUCAGCAAGCACUACUACAUCCACGACGACUACUACUGAAAAAGAUGCAUGUUCUCAUUAUCUUUGGAAUCAAACAGGCGUUGUAGUUGCAGGCACAGGCAUAAAAGGUCCAGCUUCUAAUCAAUUCGAUACUUCUGAGUGUUUGGUUAUCGAUGCAAACAAAACACUUUAUGUAUGUGAUCAUCAUAAUAACCGAAUCCAGAAAUGGCUUUCGAGUGCAACAAAUGGGAGCACAGUAGCUGGUGCCAGCGCGGCCACUGGUGCGAGCGCUAUUGGUGAUCCUGAAUAUCUAGCUAUGGACAAAUAUGGAUAUUUGUAUGUUACUGGGCAUGUAUACGAUACCGUUUUACGAAUUUCUCCCAUUUCAUUCGUUGCUACAGUAGUUGCUGGGACCACUAGUUCAGGAACAGGAAAUAAUCAGCUUAAUACACCAACUGAUAUGGUUCUCGAUGAUAAUUUAAAUCUUUACGUUGUUGAUUCAAAUAAUAAACGAGUAAUGAAGUGGACCCCGAAUUCGACAACAGGAAUCGUUGUCAUUAGUAACCUGAAUAGUGAUAUGGUUGUUGGAAUUCAAUUUGCGUCUAACUCAAAAAAUGAGUUUUAUUUGAGUGAUGAAAGAAACAAUCGUGUAUAUUUGUGGGAAGCUGGUGUAUCAGCUGCGAACAUAACCCUUAGUCAAGUUAAUAGUUCUACUAGGAAUACUCUAAGCCAACCACACGGAAUCACUAUAGACUCAUAUUAUAAUUUGUAUGUUGCUGAUAGUGGAAAUGAUAGAGUAGUGUUGUAUUGUGCUAACUCACGCGUUGGUAUUCCUGUGGUUGGAGAAACUGGUACUACACCCGUGCUCAGCCAGCCAAUGGACGUCGCAUUUGACUCAGAUUUCAAUUUAUAUGUAGCUCUUCAUGACAGUAAAGUAGUAAAAUAUGCGCGACUCUAA